CACUGACUGGAAGGAGGAAAAGAGAAACAUUGCAAGCGACUGAAGUGUGUGUGGCUGCAAUGUUUGUGGGUUAGAUGAGAAACAAGCGCUGAGUGAAACAGAGAAGGGGGGUGGCUGGUGUGAUUUGUUUGGCGUUCAGAGCCAAUAGAAAUCCCAGACUGUGAUAAUAUCCCCAUGCAGCGCCGAGAGGAUUCAGAGCUAAGUCUCCGGGCUCCUCUCACAUCUGCAGGAGCAGCCAGCCUGGGACCGCGCGGCGCGGGGCGCGCGCUCGCCCCUCCUGCACCCCCAGCCGGCGCGCUUCUCUUAUGGGCGUCUGCUGCAGUCCGGCUGCGGCCGAACGAAAAGCGGCAGCGGGAGGCCAAACUUAGACCCAGCUGUGGACUAUUGAGCCCAGAGGAGGCAGAGGGAGAGGGAGAGAGAGAGAGAAGGGGCUCGAGGAGGAGGCUUCCACCACGUCAUUGCAGGAUGUUCUGGAAGCUUUCCCUGUCCUUGUUCCUGGUGGCCGUGCUGGUGAAGGUGGCGGAAGCCCGGAAGAACCGGCCCGCGGGCGCCAUCCCCUCGCCUUACAAGGACGGCAGCAGCAACAACUCGGAGAGAUGGCAGCACCAGAUCAAGGAGGUGCUGGCCUCCAGCCAGGAAGCCCUGGUGGUCACCGAGCGCAAGUACCUCAAGAGUGACUGGUGCAAGACGCAGCCGCUGCGGCAGACGGUGAGCGAGGAGGGCUGCCGGAGCCGCACCAUCCUCAACCGCUUCUGCUACGGCCAGUGCAACUCCUUCUACAUCCCGCGGCACGUGAAGAAGGAGGAGGAGUCCUUCCAGUCCUGCGCCUUCUGCAAGCCCCAGCGCGUCACCUCCGUCCUCGUGGAGCUCGAGUGCCCCGGCCUGGACCCGCCCUUCCGACUCAAGAAGAUCCAGAAGGUGAAGCAGUGCAGAUGCAUGUCCGUGAACCUGAGCGACUCGGACAAGCAGUGAGCGCCGGGCCCCACGCAGCUCAGCCCCGCGCGCCCGGCCGCUGGGAGGCGCCGCCGCCGCCGCCUCUGUCCCUGCCCUCCGAGCCCACUCUCACGCUGCCUGGUGCCCCCCUCAGCAGCAAGCACGUCUCUUAGGGCGGACGGUGUCCUUGUCACAAACGUGGAUCGCAAGUGGAGCUUUCGCUGACGCGUUCCUGACCGACCCCGGGCCCCGCCUGCGCCUCCCACACCAGGUGGCGGAUCAGGCCCGAAGGCAAGUGCUGGAAACCACCACCCGCCCCCCAGCAGUCCGAGGGGACCGUUCGAGGUCAUGCACUGCAGAUCCGGCAUGGAUGUUUCCACCAUGUGGAAAAGCGAGGAUUUCCCUGCCCGCCCCCUGCGCUCCAGCCCGCCCGGUUCCCACGCGAAGUGGAGGAUGCGCCACUUUUCUGAGCUGCCCCGCAGACCUCUCCUGCUGGUCUCUGGACCUCGGGCUGGGGGCGCUCAUUCUCGUGACUGGCAGGCUGCCCUCGGUUGCUGAUGUGAGGCGGAUAUGUACAACCUCCAUAAAUAAGUACGGGGAUGGGGGCGUCUCCUAAUAAACCGAUACCAGGAAGACAACUGGAGCUGGCUGGAUCCCGAAGUGGGCUUCCUGGGGAACCCCGAGCACAGCAGGCUGCACUCUCCCCACCCUCCGCCACCACCGCCUCUUCUUCCUCACUAUCCCCACCCCCGAUUUGUGGACUAAAGAUGAACUCUGGUGUGCAUGCUAUUAUUGCUGCAAUUAGAAUAUUAUCACACACACAAAGGUCUCUAUAUUAACGCUGGUUUUAUAAGUGACCGUAUAUUGUAAAGAGCUGUUUAAAAAGUAUUAUAGACCUAUUCAUGUAUUAUUUCACAGAUUUUGACUCUGUCUUGCAGCAGCAUUCUGAGUAAGGAUGAGAACAGGGGAUGAUCUGCCCAGAAGGUGUUUUACUCAGAA